CUGUGUCAGCAGUGAUCCUCUGUGUGAUCCUCAGUGUUCCCACCACGGAUCCAAAACAAUCCUUGUGAUCAUCGCAUUGCUGAUUUUGACGUCCUCUCGGUAAAAGCUGCUCCUCUCCGGCAGGUAAUUCAUCAAUGACAUGAACUGUACAUGGUGCCCCAUUCAUUCGCUCUAUUACGACCGAGCACCACGCUGAGGAUCUGAAACUUUUUCGCUGUAAUUGGCGCUAUUCUUAGCUGGUCGCCUCUAAACGCUUAAUUGGAUUAGCCUCGCGGUUUGACAGCGACAGGUCAGAACCACCAAUAGCGGGUUUGCGUGAGAUCAGCAACACCGAUUUAACUAAUCCGUCUGACGCCCAAAGGUGCGGUGGAUCCCCGGUGGUGGUGGUGGUAGGUGCGCUACACAGAAGCCUGGGAAGGACGAACGACCUCGGCCAGAGGAGUGGAUUGUAGCCUGCUGCUGCUGCUGCUGUCGGGCUGCUCCCUCACGAUGAUCAUAACACUGCGGGCUCUCUUCGAACAAGGGAGGACAUUUUUGGAUGCACAGAGAGCAGUAUUUGAAGAUUUAACCAUGAACAAAAACAAAAGGGAAAGAGAGUUCUACAGCCUGGAUGUUGGGGACUCGACGUUCACAGUCCUAAAGCGAUACCAGAAUCUAAGACCCAUCGGCUCCGGAGCGCAGGGCAUCGUCUGCUCUGCCUACGACCAAAUCCUUGAACGAAAUGUUGCCAUCAAGAAGCUGAGCCGGCCGUUCCAAAAUCAAACCCACGCCAAGAGGGCGUUCAGAGAGCUAGUCCUAAUGAAAUGUGUAAACCACAAAAAUAUUAUCGGCCUAUUAAAUGUGUUCACACCACAGAAAUCAUUAGAAGAUUUCCAAGAUGUAUACUUGGUGAUGGAGCUGAUGGAUGCCAACCUGUGCCAGGUCAUUCAGAUGGAGUUGGACCACGAGAGGCUGUCCUAUCUGCUCUAUCAGAUGCUGUGUGGUAUCAAACACCUCCACGCAGCCGGCAUCAUUCACAGGGACCUCAAGCCCAGUAACAUUGUCGUCAAGUCAGACUGCACUCUGAAGAUUUUGGACUUCGGCUUGGCUCGGACGGCUGCCACAGGCCUCCUCAUGACACCGUAUGUGGUUACACGCUACUACAGGGCGCCAGAGGUGAUCCUGGGCAUGGGCUACCAAGCCAAUGUGGAUGUAUGGUCAGUGGGCUGCAUUGUGGCCGAGAUGAUCAGGGGAAGUGUUUUGUUCCCCGGCACUGAUCACAUCGACCAGUGGAACAAGGUAAUUGAGCAGCUAGGCACUCCAUCUCAGGAAUUUCUAAUGAAGCUGAACCAGUCAGUAAGAACGUAUGUAGAAAACAGGCCACGCUAUGCCGGAUACACCUUUGAGAAACUCUUCCCAGAUGUGCUCUUUCCUGCAGACUCUGAUCACAACAAACUGAAAGCGAGCCAAGCUAGAGAUCUCUUAUCAAAGAUGUUGGUGAUUGAUGCCUCCAAGCGCAUCUCCGUGGACGAGGCCCUGCAGCACCCCUACAUUAACGUUUGGUACGACCCAGCCGAAGUAGAAGCGCCUCCUCCGAAGGUUCUCGACAAACAGCUGGAAGAGAGGGAUCAUACCGUGGACGAGUGGAAAGAUCUUAUUUAUAAAGAAGUGAGUGAAUGGGAGGAAUGGAAAAGAAACGGAGUGAUAAGAGGACAGCCGCCCCCUUUAGGUGCAGCAGUGAUCGACAGCCCCCCGCAGCCCACGUCCUCCUCCUCGUCUUCAGCCAACGAUGUCUCGUCCAUGUCCACAGAGCCCACUGACCCGAGCAGUGACCCCACCCUGGCAUCUGAAACAGACAGCAGCCUGGACAGCCACACCUCUCUGGGUGCACUGGCCUGCUGCAGAUAACGCACACAUACAACACACACACACACACACACACACACACUUAACACACACA